CUUGCUUGUAGAGGCAGCAAAGGCUGUGUUCAAUGUUUCUCCACAGAGCUAACUUAAGCCUUCGCCCCCGAACGAAAUAUCGUGAUUUCGACUAAAAGAAAGUCCGUAUCCUUCUUCGGAGAGGUGGGAAAGCAUCAAAACCCCGACAAUGAUCAGCACAACGGAGUGUGCAGUGGAUGCACAAAGUCUAAUUUCGAUUUCUUUACGGAAAAUCCACAACUCCCGGACGCAGAGAGGGGGAGUUAAGCUGCACAAAAACCUCCUGGUCUCAUACGUGCUGAGGAACGCCAGGCAAGUCUACAUGAACGAGAAGUACGCAGAGAUCUACAGAAUGCAACAGUACGAGGAGGUAAUGACCGUAUGCAACGAGAUACAGGAGCUGAACCCCCUCGAUUUAGCCGAGGACUGCGAGGAGCAAAGCGCAGACUGCUGCGGCAUUGGGAACGAGCCGCCAAGUCUUUGCGGCGCGCUUUUGCCCGUCAGCCACCAAGCUCCGGUGCAGUCGGCGCACAUACAGCCACCCAGCGCUUGCUCUGCGUCUCUGUCUCUCCAAGGCGAGGAUGUUUGCAAGACUUCGGAGCCCUUGUUCUACCGAAGCUGUUGUGCGGAAGCGUACCCCGCAUCGAACUGUGAGUUUUCCCCGGCGAACAGCAUGCACUGCAACAAAACGACAGUGCUAGAUUUGGACACGCAUGUCGUUACGACGGUGGAGAAUGGGUAUUUGCAUCAGGACUGCUGCGCGUCGCUACAGCCGUGCUGCCCAGGCGCACAGAACCCGGCCAAGAAACGCAAGGUUGACUUUGGCUACUAUGUGUCCGAGAUCGAGGAGGUGCCGGAUUUUACGCCGUGUAAAAGAGCGAAAUUUGAGGACUGUUCGUACGCUAACACAGAGCCCUUGGACACGUCGAACAUUUCCAAUCUGAUCUCGAUAUUCGGAUCGGGGUUUUCGGGGCUGGUGAGCAGGCAGACGGACUUUGAGCAAUCAUUAAACGGACAGUUCUGUAGCAAACAAGCCCUUGCGAGUUUAGGAGCAUGGACGAGAGCUAUUGUAGCUUUUUGACUCUGUGUUAAAUUAGAAUCAAAUCCUUUAUGAAAUUGUACAAAGUCUAAGACAAAUUGACUUUAUUUUUGCAACAAAAUGUUAUUUAAACAUUUAAGUUAGAUUUGUUUUAGUUUCGUUUUAUUGGGGAGGCGAGGAGUGGUUGUAGCCUACCACUUGUGAUGUAUCCUUUUAAAACUGACGAUGUUGACAUUACGAACAUUUUAAAAUGGUUAUUGAAAUAAUCUAACGAAGUUGAAUUUCGUUGCCUUAAACCCAACGCAAACUGCUAGCUAGCUAUCACCACAAACAUGGGAAGUCUUUGAAUGUUUUUGCUCGUGGAUUGUUUUUCAGUUUCUCAUUAGGAACUUUCACAAAGAUGUCUUGUAAAAUAACAUUACCCGUGUAAUGUUAAAUUCUGCAAACAAGCCAGCCCCACACUACACGUUCUCAGUCGUGAAAACAUACUUCACUACAAUUAACCCUACCUUUUUACAAAGGCUACAUACAGCACGACUAUCUUAACUUUUGCUUACGGGGAGAUCAUGUGAAGCUAUAGGACUGGCAUAUUCCGACUACAUCAAUAUCAUGUAAGGCAAUCGUAUAGGCUAAAGAAGGUGCAAUAUUAAACCCCCCUCUCUGUCUAGUUUGUCUUCUUUAUAUUUUAAAGUGGCGAAGACUGGUGCAUUUUGUUGACUGCACUGACGUACAGCACCAGAUCCUCCUGAGUGUUUGUAGUCCAACUAUGCCAGUCACAUCACUUUGAACGUUGGGGCCAUUAAUUAACGCUACAACUACAACUCCCAGAAUGCACGCCGUAAUUUAACCAGCCAGGUGUUUGGGUUUUUUUUUGUUUUUUGUUUUUUUUUUUGACCAUUUGGUCUCUAGAUUGUUACCAUUUAUUUCCCUUUUACUCUCUAAACAAGCUGAUUAAGCCUUCACAGUAAUUCAUAAUGCCAGCAUUUGCUUGGUUUUGUGGGUUUGAUUUUAUUUUCUACAAUGUUAGACCUUUUGUUCUAAAAAGGCAAUCUCAUAAGUUAGCCAUAAGUCCUCACAUUAUAUAAGCACUAUGUGUACUGAAUUAAAGACGUUUUCAGACGUACUCUCCAUAUUUUGUUGGUAUUCUUGUAUUUUUGUGCAUAUUAAAUUGUAUAUCACCGGGUAAAACUGUUUUAGAAAGUAUUUGUUUAAAAUUUAUAACCUUAAUAAAAAAAAUGAAAUUCAUUUGGUUGACUAA